AUGUCUGCUUCUAGCACUGGUAACUUCCACAAGAAGGAUCUGGCCAUAGUCGAGGAAACGGCGAAGGCUGACGCUGAGGAGGCCCAAAUGGGCGCCGAGGCAGCAGCCCUCCAUACUCGACUGGCCCUGGAGCACGCCAAAGACUACAACGAUCUCUGUGACCUUCUGUCUGUGAGGGCUGAAGCUGGCUCUGCGGCCGCCACUAUGGCUAUCGGCAACGGUAGUCGUAAGGAGGAGGUUCGCAUCAGCUUGCAGAUGCCCGAACGGUAUAACGGUACGACUGACUUUAGUGCUUGGUUACGUCGGUACGAGAACACUGCCAACGCCGCCGGUUGGAGCUCUGGUACUAAGGCGGCCCGCCUUGGUAUGUACCUCACUGACGAGUACUACGAGAUGUGGGAUCAGUACGCUCCCAAGGUGACCUUCGAGGAGGACAGCCGCAUCAUGUCCCAGAUGCUGGCUCGACGUCCUGCAGACGCUCUCCUGGACAACUUCCACGAUCUUCGUUGGGCACCUGACAUGGCUGCUUCCACUGGCUGCGGAGCAGGAGCUACUGGAGGCAACGAGGAGUACUUCUUCGCGGGAGGCCUCAGAGGUGGAGACCGCUGUACAGGAGAGAUCGGCAGGGAAAUAGAGUCUCUCCGAACGUACGACUCCAAGCAAACAGUCCGACGGUAA